AAAUGCUUUGACGUUUCCCGUCGCGCCAUCUUUAGAAAACAUUGUGGAAGAAGCGGUAGCUAAAUGAAACUCGAUUUCACCUUGUUGAGAAUAACUACCGUGAGAUAUUGGCCAACUGAGCUAAUUUGUCUAUAGAAGUUUGAUCAUGGGAAUCAAGGUUCAGCGUCCACGCUGCUUCUUUGACAUUGGCAUCAGUAACGUGCUGGUUGGCAGAGUUGUGGUAGAAUUGUUUUCUGAUGUCUGUCCCAAAACAUGUGAGAACUUUCGAUGCCUCUGCACAGGCGAGAAAGGAAUUGGAAAAGGUACACAAAAACCUCUGCAUUACAAAGGAUGCCUAUUCCACAGAAUUGUGAAGGACUUCAUGAUUCAAGGAGGAGACUUCAGUGAAGGCAAUGGAAAGGGAGGGGAAUCUAUCUAUGGUGGAUUCUUUGAAGAUGAAAGCUUCUCUGUCAAACAUAACAAGGAGUACCUCCUGUCAAUGGCAAACAGGGGCAAAGAUACCAAUGGAUCACAGUUUUUCAUAACAACAAAACCCACACCACACUUAGAUGGUGUCCAUGUGGUUUUUGGCCAAGUGAUCUCUGGACAAGAGGUCGUUCAGACAAUGGAGAGUCAAAAGACAGAUGCCGGCAGUAGACCAUACGCUGAGGUGAAAGUUAUGAACUGUGGCGAGCUCAUUCCAAAAUCGAAAGCAAAAAAAGAAGAGAAGAGAAGACAAAAGGCCAUCUCCAGUGGCAGCGACAGCUCAAGUGACUCUGACAGUUCUGACGUCUCUUCUGAAUCUGCGAGUGACUCAGAUAAAGAAUCCAAGAAACGGAAGAAGAGGCACAAGAAAGAGUCCAAGAAGAAGGACAAGAAACAGAAGAAGAAAGAUAAGAAAGGGUCUGAGCCCCGCAGUGGUGAUGAGAAAGAGGAGGAGGUUACGUCUACGGUACGACCAGAGGAAAUCCCUCCUAUCCCAGAAAAUAAGUUCCUUAUGAGGAGAAGUCCUCAGCAGCAAAAAGAAGAGGCUGAGGCUGGAAAGGAGCGGGAAAAGGCUAGGGAGAGGGAAAAGCCUAGGGAGAGAAUGUUUAAUUGUCAGUCAACAUAUAAGAGGAGACUUCUGAUGACAAGAUCAGGCAGGACGAUUAAAGGCAGAGGUCCAAGACGGUACCGAACUCCGUCACACUCCAGGUCAAGGUCAAGGGAUCGUUUCCGACGCAGCGAGACUCCUCCACACUGGCGCCAGGAGAUGCAGCGUGUACAAAGGGCACCAAGAGCAUCCAGUGGAGACCGCUGGAUCAAGGGUGACAAGGGUGACAUGACAGAGAGCAGGAAUGAGAGUGGCAAAGCUCCAAGAGGAAGAGGGAGGAAGACUUCUGAAACCAAGCAUGAAAACACUGCUGAAAACUCCAAUCAAAACAGAGAGAAGGAGAAGAAAGGUCGCUCUCAUAGAUCCAAGAGCAAAGAAAAGGACCCUAAUAAAACUGAAGACAAGCAUAACAAACACAAGGCAAAGAAGGCCAAAUCUCAAAGCCGCAGUAGGAGCAAAGAGAAAAGUUGUAGGUCCAAAAGCAGAGAGAGGGAUCAGAAACAUGGCAAAAGUGAUGAUAAGAGGGGCCGCUCAAGAAGCAAGGACAGAAACCUAAAUAAAGAGAGGGCCACAGAGUCUGGAACUCAUGACUGUGAUAGAAGUAAAGAACGCGCUAAACCCACUGAGGCUGACAUUAAGAACAGAAAGGAGACAAAAGGAAGAAAUGGUGAGAAGCUGAGGACAAAGUCUAGAAGCAAGGAGAGGAACUCUGGAAAGAACCGAAACCGAUCUAACAGCAGAAGCAGGGACAGGGGGAGACGUGCCUCAUCUCGAGACAAAGAGCAAGCACGGGACAGAGAGCGAGGUAGGGAGCGCAGUAAGAGCAUGGAAAGACAGCACCACAGAGAGAGGGAGGACAAGAGGAGAGGUAGAUCCAAGAGCAGAGAACGGACAAGGAGUCCAGACAAGAAUAAGAGCAGGGACUCGCGUAGAGGCAGGCGCUCCAGGAGUAAGAGCAACAAUAGAGACCAUAGCAAAGACGGUUCAUCUCAUCAGAGGAAGAACAAAGACAGUGAAGACACUCACAGACGAAGGCGGUCCAAGAGCAGCAACUCAGAGAAUAAAGGGAAGGACAGAAGUAGAAAGAGCCCCAUCUCCAAGAAGAAAAGGGAUGGCAGCCCAGAAAAGGAGUCCUCUCACAAGUCCAAAGAUGCAGGGAAAAACCCUGAGCGGAAUCAAAAGUCAAAGAGCCAAGAGAAGGAUAAAAACCACAGCAAGAAAAAGAAGUCCAGUUCUGAUGAUAGUGAUUAGUCCACUUACCUAGUCCACUAAAUGUUCAUUCCUGUCCAUCCUUGAACAUACAAAUUAAUGCGCUGAUGCCUAAUAAUGUGUGAGGUUCUGCUGUAGACCUAUUUUAGACACUUGUUAGAUAUCACAACAGAUCCAAUUCUGGAAUAUUUGUACAAAUUAAGAUUUCAUAUGAUUUGACAGUGGCUAAAAGCCAUUUUUUGUUUUAGUUAAUUUUUUCCCGCUGUCAGACUAAUUUGACAAAUGUUGGGAAUGUAAUGUUUAUUAAUGGUCAGGUAAGGAAGUGACUGAACAGGUGAGUGUUGGAAGGAAUAUUUUUGUCAGGUUUUAUUAAAAAUGUUCUCUUUCAGUCUGGUCUCGUACUGAGGACGUGAUUCCAUUGUGAUAAUUAUAAUGGAAGGGAUGAGUGUCUUUCUGGGCUAUAUGCCUGACUCAAGUAAUAUUACAUGUAUGACUAAUCAUAUGGUUAUUUUCAACAUUUUGAUUGUUUAAAUUACCAACAGUCUCAUUGUGACAGAACAUACUGUAAGUGAAACAUAAAAUGGUUUUGUAAAAAAAAAUAUUUAAAAAACGUUCCUUUUUAGUAUGCUGAUAUUUAAGUGGAGAUAUCAGAGAAGGCUCAAUUUGACUUGAAAGACAGGUAAGAGUGCAGACAUUUUGUGAAAUGAUUGGGGUGUUAGAUGCGUAUACCGUUUAGUUCUUUUUUUUGACCUGUUUCAGGGAACCCGAACUUUUUAUCUUGACCUCAGUCUCAAAUUAGUUUUGUAUAAUUGUAUCCAUUUUUGUUAGUAUUUUAUGUUCAGUUUUUUACCCAUUACAUCUUUCAAAAUGUUUAAAAUUCCUCACCAGAGCAAUGUGUAAAUACAUUGCUGUGAAGUUCCAUGUUAGUUCAUACUAGGUGUUAAAUUCCUGGGCAUGACUUUCCUUUAAACUAUAAAUGAAAACCACUGGCUUUGUAAAAACGGGCCGAAUUCAAUAUUCCCCAAUGAACCAUGUUUUAAAAUAAAAGGAUAUGGUUAAAAUGUUUGUUUUAUUGCCUAUAGAUUGUUUAUUAUAAAGUUUCACAGAAGAGUGACAACUGAUACAAUAGAUAUAAAGAUAACAUUGACAUGUCACAUUUUAAUCUGGGUGAAUCUUAUGUAUUAAAAUGAAACCGUUGCACUAUAUGUCCUGGUCCCAGAUCUGUGCUUUAGCCAACUCUUGACUAUCUUUGUCAUGUAGGUACAGAUCUAGGACCAGGCUAGAAAUGAUCAGCAGUUUCCCAAUUUGUGCACUAGUUUUAAUUGAAUUGUGUGUAUGUAUAUUAUGUAAAAUAACAAAACUAAAAAUCUAAUUUCAGAGACAGUUAUACACUCUACAUUUCCAUAGUUCUGAGAUGAAUCAUCUUUGAGCGCUGAAAAGACUGCAAUCAUCCCACUAGAUGUUUACCAUGUGAAUCCAAGUCUUUUCUUGGAUUGCUGAAUAUCACGUGUCUCAUUCAGCUCUUUGACGUCCUGAGAUCUACUGCCGACGUAAUUGGGCAUCUGGACACCAGUGUCAUCUUGAACCAAGUAACUUGGCCUCACUCCUCCAAAGAUGGGGCCAAGACCACCUCCAAUUCCCUCCCUGGCAGCUUUGCGGAGUGGGUGAAUAUUUCUCUUGGCCUCUGUGGCUGUAUCGAUCACAUUGUUUGCAUACUGCUGGAACUGCUUCUCCUCCACAGCAAUGAGCUCUGCAUUUUUGGUCUCAAAGUCCUGUUGUUGCUUUCUUAUGUGCUGUUCCUUGGCACGUUUUUCAGCCUAAACAGCAAGAUUUCAAAUGUUAAAUGAAAUCUUAUGUUGCUUCAUUAGAGGUGUUGCUGUUGCUGACACAUUCCACUACGUGUCAUUGCGAAAAUAGUUGACAUACCAAAAAUGAUCAAGAAUUGUAAUCACGGAAAGGCAAAGUGCAAAUCAAAUCCAAGCUCACCAUUUGAUGAAUGUAGACGUCUUGUAAAGUUCUUCCAUCCUCUUUCAUUUUCAGUGCCUUCAGGUGUUGUUUUUCAAUAAAGAUUCUGUCUGCUUC